AUGCAAUCUAUUCCCUUACUUCUCACUUUCUCCUCUCCUUCUUUUUGUUUGUUUAUAUCUCUCUUUUUGUGUUACCCUCUCUCUCUCUCUCUGACUGCCUCUUUGCAUAAAAUCUCUCUAUCUUUUUUUUUUGCGUCUGUUCUGUUUCUUUGUAUUGUAUUCUUCCUCUCGCUCUGUUUGUCUCUAUACUUCUCCCUCUCUCUUUCUGUCUAUGUGUUUUCAUCACCACCCACUCUCUUUGUUUCUCCCUGUCUAUCUAUCUCUUUUUACCUUCUCCUUCUGACUUACUCCCUCUCUUGUUUCUAUCUGCUUCCCCCCCCCCAAUCUCCCUUUUCUUUCUUUCUUUCUUUCUUUCUUUCUUUCUUUCUUUCUUUCUUUCUUUCUUGUCCUCUUUUUCUCCCUUUUCCGUUUUCAUUCCUCUUUUCUUUCUCUUUACGUUUUCAUUCCUCAUUUCUUUCUCUUUACGUUUUCUUUCUCUUUACUUUUUCAUUCCUUCCUUUUCAUUUCUUCCACUUUUUCAUUUUUUCAUUUCCUUUUUUUCUUUUCAUUUUUUACGUUUUCAUUGCUAUUUUCUUUCCCUUUGCGUUUUCAUUCAUGUUUAUUUCUCUCUUAAGUUUUCAUUCCUCUUUUCACACAUUUUUUUUUCUCUCACAUUACGUUUUCAUUGAACUUUCCUUCAUUUUGCCUUUUAAUUCCUCUUUGUCUCUCUCUCUUUCUCUCUCUCUCUCACACUUUUACGUUUUUAUUCCUCUUUUCUUUCCUUUUAUGUUUUCCUUCCUCGUCACCUUUCCGUUUUCAUUCAUGUUUUACUACUUUUUACCUUUUCAUUCCUUUUUUUCUCACAUUUCGUUUUCAUUCCUCUUUUCCUUUGUUUUACGUUUUCUUUCCUUUUCCCCCAUUUUACUUUUUCAUUCAUCUUUUCAUCCAUUUUACGUUUUCAUUCCUCUUUCUCCUCCUUUUAGGUUUUCAUUCCCCUUUUCUUCCCCUGUACAUUUUCAUUCCUAUUUUCAUUCCUUUUACGUUUUUUUUCAUCUUUCCUCUCCUUACCUUUUCAUUCCUCUUUUCCUCCUUUUACCUUUUCAUUCCUCUUUUCUUCCUCUUCAGGUUUUAAUUAGUUUCCUUUUUUUACAUUUUUAUUCCUCUUUUCUUCCCUUUUACGUUUUCAUUCCUCUUUUCCUUUCCCAUGACGCUUUCAUUUCUCGUUUCCUUUCUUUCACAUUUUCAUUCUUCUUUCUAUUCAUUUUGGUCUUUUUCUUUUGCCUUUUUUUCAUUUUAAGUUUUCAUUCACCUUUUCCUUCAACUUACAUUUUCAUCCCUCUUUCUUUUUCAGUCAGAUUUUAA